AAGAUGGCGGUAAUGCACAAUACAAGGUUGUUCGUCAUUAGACCGAAGAAGAAGAAGAAGAAGAAGAAGAAGAAGAAGAAGAAGAAGAGAAACUGCGCAAGCGCAGAAUCCACUGUUUCUGGUACGGAUCUUGUAGUGACAGCGACUGUUCGAAUGAGUUUAUUCGCGUUAAAAGCAUUUAAAAUGUUGAAAGAGUUGGUAAGGGAGCGACUAAUGGCGCUAGCUGAUGAACUAUUUGCCAUGUUUGAAAGAACAACAGUGUCUUACGAGGAGGAACUUUCUCGAACAAAAGAGGAGAACGAACAACUUCGACAACAACUUGAAGCUUUUUGCAAGACAGUUGACCACACUGAAGAUGUCCAGCAAGAACAAAUACCUCUUUCCCUUGUCUAUGUUAAAGAGGAAGAGGAGCCACAGCCCCUCCACAUUAAAGAGGAAGAGCAUCUUUCCCACUUUCAAGAGGAAGAACCACAGCUCUCCCACAGAGAGGAGGAAAAGUUACACCUCCCGUACACUAAACAGAAAGAGGAGGAGCCACAGCCCUCCAACAUUAAAGAGGAAGAGGAGGAACUAUGUAUCAGUCAGGAGAAAUUGUGUUUUCUAGGAGAGAAGGAGGCUGAUCUCACCAAGUUGCCUGUGAGGUUUGAAGACAAACGGCCUGAGUCCUCCCACCUUCACUCCAGUUCAUAUGAGGAGAAGACAAGGACAGAGCCUUCAAGCAGCUGCUCACAUCAACACAUGACAACAAAAGCUGAUGGAGACCACUGUGGAGGAUCACAAGCGCCACUAUCAGAUCAAGACACAACGUCACACGUUGCAGAGGAUGAAGACAUGGGGACCCACACCGACAACAAUCAAUCUGAAUGCUCUAAAAAGAAGGCCUGUAAAAAACGUUUGACCUGCUGCGUUUGUGAUAAAGGUUUCAUUAAAGAGAGUUGUUUGACUCAACACAUGAGAAGGCACACAGGGGAAAAAUCUUUUGGUUGCUCAAUUUGUGAUAAGCAAUUCUCUUUUCAAAGUAAUAUGUUAAGACACGUGAGAGCACACAACAAGGAAAAACCAUUUAGUUGCUUGGAUUGCGGCAAAAGCUUUUAUUAUAAAAGUGAUGUGACUCAACACAUGAGAACACACUCAGGAGAAAAACCGUUCAGUUGCUCGAUUUGCGGUAAACAAUUUUCUGACAAAAGAAAUAUGGUGUCACACAUGAAAAGACACACGGGAGAGAAACCUUUCUGUUGCUCCGUUUGUGGCAAAAGAUUCUACCAAAAGACACAUGAAGAAACACACAUGAGAACGCACACUGGAGAAAAACCUUUCAGUUGCUCAGUUUGCGACAGAACCUUCUCUGAGAAAAGUAAAGUCACAAAACACAUGACAACGCACACAGGAGAGAAGAAAUUUUGUUGUUCAAUUUGCGACAAAAGAUUUUCCAGAAUGGCCCACGUGAAAUCACACAUGAGAACACACACAGGAGAAAAAACCCUUUAGUUUUUACUAAAGUUUUACUUGGAGGAACAUUUUGACAGCAUACAUGUUAACACACAACUGAAUAGGUGUUUUUGUUUUUGUCAAAUCAUAGAAGUGUAAUAUUCCACGAGAAGUCAGCUAGAAGGUGAUGUUCAGCUGUGUGUGUUUGCUUGAGCCUGUGUGAGUAAUGCCGCAUUCCUUCAUGACUUGCAUGUUAGUGCGCUGCUAAAAAUAGCAACUAUAUAAAUCCAAUCCAAAGUUAUUUUGUUUCUGUCAGCCAAAUACCAGUUUUGCAUGUUUUUUAUGGUAUAUGUUUUAAUAAAUCAUCAUUGUAGCAAUUAUUCAUUUAAACUUAAAUUAAAUAUUGGUAUGUUUGUUCCUACUGUAUAUGUACAUUUCAUGAGCGUUCGUUAUUUUUAUCAUGUGAAAUGUGAUUGUGACAAUGGUAUGAUGUCAUUUCCUGUUGCUAUAUGGGGAUUGCUGAGGAAAUGUACUGUAGCUGUACUGUGAAGAAAAUAAAUGCUGUCAUCCUCAUGCAUGUUCGAACUCUUGUCUAAUAAAUACUCGCCAAGUAGCUGUCAAUUUCA